AUGAAUGAAUCUGAAGAAGGGACAUCAUCGUCUGCCUUGCCAUCUUCUCCGAAAGAAGAAGAGCAUCUUAGUUUGAUUAGAGCGAGUGAUGAAUCAGCAAAUAUAAUUAUUGAGGAGUCUGUUGCUUGGCCUCUUGCGACCGAAGAAGAGGAUUUAUCUACUUCAAGUAUUCACGAACAGGAUGUCAUCUUGUCAGAAACAACAACAUCCAAUAAUUUGUUGGACAACACAACAACAAAUGCUCUCAAUGUUCAGGUAGAAUCCGAAACAAACCCUACCAAAACUCAGCCAUCAUCCAUUGAUUUUAACGAUUCAGCAAAUUUAUUGGUUGAAGAGUUAUCGCCAUCUUCCACCAUGUCAUCAUCAUCAUCAGCCCAAGAAGAAGACGCCAAGCAACCUGAGAGUUCUGUGAACAAUGUUGUUGAUGAACAAAUGCAAGAAACUAAAUUUCAUAUUCAUGAAUAUAACAAUAGGCUAUUGAACCAAAUUUUGGAAAUGAAUUCUACGAGCCACAACCAUUCGGAGAGCACACGAAUUGCCAGCCAAGCAAAUAAUUUGGACGUCCAUGCCACUAACAGUGGCGACAACAAUGUUGCUACUCCUCAAUCCAAUGUUUAUGGUUUGCCUUUACCAAAUAAUACAUUUGGAUGUCCACCACGAUAUCACGUUAUUCAAUGUUUGAUUUAUUGGGAUUAUGAAAACAUUUCACUUUCUUCAAACAUGAUGAUUCCUUCCUCACAAAUAGUCUCGAAAUUAGAAGAACAAAAAAGUAACAUUACAACAACCAGCUUGUUUUUAACAUGCUUAUUGGCAAGACUAGAAAAAGAAUUAACAAAUUAUUAUGCCUCCCAAUUUCCAAAUUCAAAUACUAUUAUUAAGGUUAAUGCACCAUUUAUAAAGGUCUAUGGAGACAUGUAUCAAAUUCCAAAAUAUCGAAGAACUGAGUUUUAUCAAAAUGGAUGUCACCUCAUUGAUGUACCACAUUUAGGAACAACAAGAAAAGAGGUUGUUGAUAAGAUGAUGAUUACGGAUGUGUUAAUGGACUUGAAUAUUUACAACAGACCAAUUCUCCCUCAAUUUUUUGGCCAAAAUCACUAUUCCAUGUCACUCUACAAUACCAUUCCAAGCUCAGCCAUUAUUUUAUUAACAGGAGAUCAAGAUUUUUGUAAUUUACUGGCUAGGUUGAAAUAUCAAUCGAUUCCAAGUGUUGUAGUGAUUAAAAAAGACCAGAGUCAACAUGGAGGAUAUGUAGUUGACGAGGAUCAGUCACUGAAUACCUUAUUACAAAGCAGUACAUUUUGGAUUCCAUUUGAAGAUAUUCUUAAUGACUCAAUUUCUGGAAUGGAAAAAGAAAAGAAAAGACUUUUGCAAGGAGGGAGCUCCCAAAUAUCGUUAUCCAAGGAAACUACAAAUAACUCGACGACACUAGACGUUUCUUCAUCUCCUGUGAAACCUUCAAAACCUAAAACUCAAAUGACGCUGGAUGAAUAUAUUGAAUCUAUUGCUCCUCAAACACCUCGAGAACUCAUUCCAAAAGACAUCAAACUUAUUAGCUUCAUAUUAUUGAAGUAUUUAGAGCCACUAGAGUUGGGAAAUUUAAGCUCGAAAUUGCUUAAUUUAAACAUUCAGCCAAAGAAAUUGAAGAAAUUUAUUGAAAGCUAUGAUAGUGGAAAGUUUUUAGAAUUAACAAAAGCCAACAACUCUACAAAUAUCUUAUUAGUAGAUAGAAAGAAAGUGCUAAAGCUUUUACCCUCCAAUAUCAAAGUCUCCACUAUGCCUGUAAAGGCAACAAGCAGUAGUGCUGACAUCAUUUCUCAUGAAAUUUCAAGCUCAAAAGAACCUCGUGCUAAAAAAGAAGUGGUCACUAACACUCCAACAUUGUUAAAUGACAUGUCAUCGAGCCAGUUUUCUGUGGACGCAAAAUCCUUGCAACCACUUGGAGUCAGUGGUGAAGAACCAACAAUAAUGACAGACAGCGAUUUAUUGAAUUCAGAAACUCCUCUUGUCGAGUCAGCCUUCCCAGAGGAGGAUGGACAUGAACAUGGAGUACUCGAUACUCGCAAAGAGGGACUUCCUUCCGCAUCAUGUCAUAUGAGUCUUGAAAAUUAUAUGCUACGAUAUCUUUCUCCUCCAACCAAGCGCGAUCUAGACAUUAAUGAUAUGCACUUAAUUUGCUUCUUAUUACUCUUGGAAGAUAGCAUGGAGUUAGGUGCAUUAAGCAGUAGAUUAUUUAAUUAUAACAUUAAGCCAAAAUCAUUGAAAAAGAAGUUAAUUGAAUUUAACACGAUGGGUGACACAAAUGGAAACCUUGUUGGGAUUUUCAAAUUGGAGCAAAAAGGAAACAUGUUGUUAAUCUCUUUAACAGAUAGAGAGAGUGUAUUAAGACUGAUCCCUGACAAUGUUGAAUACAUACCUCCCAAGUAUCCAUCGUUGUCGUCAAUGCUCUUGUUUGACGAGCAAGAAAAUCAUCAAAACCUUGAAGAAGCUACUCAACAGGCUGAUUCACAAAUUGGAGGCGACCAUUUGAACGGUUUGGAUGAACACGAGAAUGUAACCAUGAGCUCAUCCAACCCUUUAAUAUCACCAAAUAUGCAAUCUCUCAUUCCAAAACAAUCCUUGGUGUUGAACCAAUCUAAAUCUUCCAAUACUCUGUUACAAAAGAAGAAUUAUGAAACACCUAGCUCUUCUCCAACAUUGCUGUUGUUGAGAAGUGGACAAGAAUUACCAAUUCCUUCAUUUAAACGAAAAGAGGAAUCAGGAAAAAGAGUAAAGUCUCCUCCUUCCAGUGAAGAUACAGAUGAAACUCAAAGUUCAAUAUCAGACUCAAGUACAAGUAGCAAAAAGAGUAUUAGCAAUGAUUUAUUACUUGAGUUGGAGAGUAAGGUGAAGGAAAUGCCAAAUCGAAGAAUGAGUUACAUGGCCCUAAAAAAGUAUUACAAGUCUCUUGGAUACAAUACCAAACAUUUGCAAAGGAAAAUAUCACAAAUAUCGCCACAUUUAACAGUUGUACAGAGAGGAAAUGACAUGAUGGUAGAAUAUUCAGAUAACAAAUCCUCUGGACUAGAUUCAAAGAAAGAGCCAAAAAUUGCAACAUUUCACAGUAUUCUAUUAAUCAUUGAGCAGUUAUCUAAAGAUUACCCAUACGAAGCUGAUUUAUCUGUGGUUGGUACUUUGAUCAAACAAUUAGGUUGGAAAAUUGAGGGAAAUAUGAAACUUAAGGACUUUCUCCAAAUGAACGACACGUCUCAAAUUUUGCAAUUUGACAAGUCAAAGAACAAUUGGAUCGUACGAAUCAAAAAACAGCCCCUCAUGAAGAAACAGUAA